AUGCCGGGAGAUGUGCUGCAGCCUGCAUGUGUGCCUGAUGCGAGACCGAGCCCAAAAGUUGUCCAUCCACCAUCCAUGACGAUGCCAUUGAACAUCCAUGUACAGACAUCUGCUCUUCGUUACACCUACACUCCUUCGCAACUAUCGUACAUCAUGUCUCGCCAGACCAUCGCCGCCCACUACGCGCGCCUCCUCACGCGCUGGCCACAAGACGUCCUCCGCCCCGAGAAGUCCUUCACCAAGAUCUUUCAACCACGUGUCCAAACCCCACCAGCACCCUGCCGCGAUGAGGAGAAGGAGGUCAACGCCGCAUACUUGCUCCUCGACAAUGCAUUCACCAAGCAGUUCCGCCUGCAGCAACGAUUACUGAAGCCGGACAGCAAUCCCGAGCAUUAUACCGCGCUGAAGCAGGAGCUGGAGGAGCUACCGCACCGGACAUGGUUUGGGAACUUGAAGAGGAGGCUGACGAAUAUGGUGAGGCUGAAGUGA